CACAGAAAGUUUAGACUUUAAAUUUAAGUAGCAACGUACUUUUUUAGUUACAAACAAAAUACGCUAUGGCCCUAAAAUACCCGUUACAGUGCAGAAAUCAUAUGUCUUGUGUAAAGGAAGAGGACAAGACAUUUACCUUGCCAGACAUGAAAACGGUGAACUUUGUGGGGAGAACCCUAUCAUCUCUUUCUCAAUCAAUGAUAAACUUUCUUCUUAAAUUAACGGAGAGGAACAUGAAAAAGAUGUACACCUUUUUCAAUAAGGGCUGGAUAAGAGACGAAAAACUUAAAGAACUAACAAAGCGCUACUCGUUCUACGUAAUUGCAUAUGAGGAUAACAAAACCCCUAUAGGUUUUGCACAAUAUAGAUUUGAGCUCAAUGAAGAAAAAACUAAAAGCAUUCUGUACUGCUACGAAUUACAGUUGCAGCGCCGCUAUCGAGGCGUGGGUCUUGGCCGGCACAUGAUGGGUCUUCUCGAGCAAAUUGCCCACGGCUUUUUAUUAAAAGAAAUCACUUUGACCUGCCAGAAGGCAAAUAAACGCGCCGAACGGUUUUACAGAAAAACUCUGGGUUACAAAACAGACACACACGAUCCAGGAGAUCCGGGAUAUGUAAUACUUACUAAAGCGCUUCCUCCAGCGAGGUAACUUCAUACAAUAAAGGUAAUAAAAAAAAAUGGUGAUCUCACGGGCCCCUGCGACGCCAUAGCCAGUGGUUGUAAUCCAGCGUA